GACAAGAGGGAGGAGAGAGAGGGAGGGAAGGUGAGUGAGGCAGACGGACGGAUGGAGGGAGGGAGGAGAGGAAGGUUGGAGCAUCGCCAGUGUUUCCCAGCAACAACAACAGCGGCGAGAGGCAGGAAUCUACCCGCUCUUCAUUCACUCCUUUAUUCCACCUCUUGUUUUUAAUCCUUUAUUCCUCCUCUGUUGCUGCUGCUUCUCUUCAUCCCUCUCUCUCUCCCUCUCUCUCCUGGAGUUAGAGGAAGAGGAGGAGGAGGAGGAAGGAGGAGGGAGGGGUGGAGAGGCAAAGCAUUGCGAUACUGCAGGAACAGACUGAAGAGCUACAGGAGAGAGGGAGAGGAAAAGGAGAGGUGGAGGGUGGAGGAAAGAAGGAAAAUCAGGAAGGAAAAGAACGAAAAAGAAAUGGAGCAAAAAUAGAGGAUACAGGCAAGGAAAAAGAGGGAAAAUGAGGUAAAGUGAGAAGGAAAGGAAAGGGAGGAUUGAUUUAAAAAAAAGACAGAGAGCAACAGGAAAAGAUAAAAGAUAAAGAGAAGAAAAAGAGGAAGGAGGGAGAGGAAGUCAAAUGGUUGGAAACAGGAAAAAUAAUGAGUUGGAAAAGGAAGAUGAAAAAGAUGAGAAAAUUUAGCUGAGAGAGAAGAACAGCAAGAAGAGAGUAGAAAAAAGAAGAGAGGAACGGGGGAGGAAAGUGAACGAUUAUAUCUACUUAUGGAACAAAAAGAAGAGAUGAAACAGGAGCAACGAGAAUCGAUGGAGGGCUCCAAACUGAUUUGGUGCAAUGCUUGAUGUUGUUGGACAGAGCGAUGUAAAGAUGGAUGGAUACAUGAAAGAUAAAAAUGACGAAAACAGAGGAGUCUUCCUUUGACGAACUGAACUGAACUUCUUCAGAUCUCUGCAGGAGGAUUUUCCUUUUGGUUUUUCAGGUCAUGUUUCAACAGGAACUCCAUUCCUUUUUCCCUGAAAAUUUCCAGCCACUCGGACCGACUCUGAUUCUCCAGACUUCAUGUCAGAGAUAUGAAACAUGAGGACACAGAUGGACGGAUGGAUGGAGAGUUUACUGAUGUGUGAAGGAUAAAGUGAUAUUGUCAACGUUUGAUUGACAAACUGAAACCUGUUGGAAUAUUCUGACCAGAUUCCCUGAGGAGUUUGGUGAGGAGACACAGGUGGACUAGCAGUGGGUGGACUUAUUUCUGAUUCACGGACAAAGUGAAAUCUUAGAAACUCCCAUAGUACUUAACGUAUUUGAUGAGAAUCAUUCUAAAAAGAGGAAACAGUUGGACAAACCCAUUGUGAUAUCAGUAGUUUUCAUUGAUGAACUGAAAAGAAAGAAAUUGGAAAACUCUCAAAAUUCCUUAUGACUUUGGUGACAAUGAUGUUAAUCAUCCAGACGUCACUUUACAGCAGAUAACAGAAGUUAAUGAUAUUUUAAGGAUAAAUUUAGACUGAUGUAAUGUUGAUGAGUGUCGAAGUGAAAUAUUAGAAAACUCAGAUAUUCCAUAAGGUAUUGAGAAUUGCUCUGAAAAGAGGAUACAACUGGACAAACAGACGGUUUACUGAUGCAUAAACAUUUAAGUGAUACGACUGGUUUUGAUUGACGAGCGCAAAACAAUUUUUCCUCAGGAUCUUUGGUGAAAAUGACUCUAAUCACAUAAAUAUCACUUUACAGAGGAAGAAGUUAGCGAUGGAUGGACAACCAGGUUACCAACAUGUUAAACUGAUGCUGUUGGAUAUUUGUUGGAAGUAGUUUUUAUUGACCAACUGAAACCUGUUGAAUAAAUUACUAACUGAAGGGAUGGACUGACAGUGAGUGGAUACUUUAAGGAGACGCUGAUACCAUUGGACGUUUGUUUGUUUGUGCAGGUAAAAGUGGAUUUGAUUCAUGAACCAAGAAAAACUUUUGACAAAUCCCAAUUUUCCACAGGAUUUUGGUGAGAAUGCUUCUGAAAACAGGAUACCAGAAAAUAAACAAAUUGUUUACUGAUACAUAAAAGUUUUCAUGAUGCGGUUGACAAUGGGUACAGACGUUAUUUGGACUAAAAGAUUCUGGUCUAUUACUUUCGGAUGCUUGUUGCUAGAACAUUUCUUUUAAAAAAAAAUCCGCUGCCAUGUUUCACUGUCGAACACAACUUUCAUCGCUGCUGCCUGGUAUGUUCGGGCCUCAGAUUUCCCUCCUGGUGUGAGCUGUGAUUAUUCUUCUUUUUGGGAUAAAACCUUUACGAUGGUGCAUGAAGACAAGAGCAAGUUUGGACCUGGUUCCUCCUCACAACAUAAAACUCAGAGCAGAUAAUGGAUUGGAAGGAACUGGCGGCUCAGAAGCUCAGUCUGUCCCGCAGGAAGAAGACCCAGCCCGUCCCCCCACCCUCACCCGCUGAGGCCCCGGGGCCCGUGCUGUACACCGGGGGCUUCAGCGGGGCCCUGCAGCUCUCCCCGCCUGCUGUCCCACCAUGCCUGCUCCGGGCAGGGUCAAAGGUCAAGGACACGCCGGGGAUGGGGAAGGUCAGAGUGAUGGUCCGGAUCUGUUCGGUCUACAGCAGCGAGUCCUCAGAGUCCAUGUCUUUCCUGAAGGUUGACGGCAGGAAGAAGCAGCUGAGUCUCUGCGAGACGUCGGCCGGCGGACACACCCAGAGACGAUCUUCGACCUCCGUACCCAAGACCUUCACCUUCGACGCCGUCUUCUCCCAGGACUCGUCACAGGCUGAGGUGUGUUCAGGGACGGUGGCCGAGGUCAUCCAGUCUGUGGUGAACGGAGCCGACGGCUGCAUCUUCUGCUUCGGACACGCUAACCUGGGUAAGACCUACACCAUGAUUGGUCGGGACUGCUCCACCCAGAGUCUGGGCGUGGCUCCCACAGCCAUCUCCUGGCUCUUUAAGGUGAUCGAGGAGCGGAGAGAAAAGGCCGGAGCUCGUUUCUCCAUCAGGGUGUCGGCUGUGGAGAUCUCCGGCCGGGAGGAGACGCUCACCGACCUCCUGGCAGAACUCUCCUCUUCCUCCUUCUCCGGGGCCCAGCAGGAGGCCCCAGGCCCUGCCGUGUCCCUGAGAGAAGACCCUGUCUGUGGAUCCCAGCUGCAGAACCAGACGGAGCUUCGGGUGAACAACGCAGAGCGAGCAGCGUUUUUCCUUGACGCCGCGCUGGCAGCGAGGAGGAGCAGCCGGGCGCCGAACGACCAGGAGGCCCGGAGGAACUCGCACUUCCUGUUCACCCUGCACCUCUACCAGGAGAGGCUGGACAAGAGCAGCAAGGCAGCAAUGUCUGGUCGGAGUCGUCUCCACCUCCUGGAUUUGGGGAGCUGUGAGACGGACAUCAGCAGGACCAGAGAGGGAGGUGGAGGCCAGUGUCUGUCUCUGUCUGCGCUGGGAAACGUCAUCCUCGCCCUCGCUAAUGGGGCAAAGCACGUUCCCUACAGGGACAGCAAGCUCACCAUGCUGCUCAGUGAAUCCCUGGGCAACAUCAACUGUCGAACCACCAUGAUUGCCCACAUCUCGGACUCCCCAGCAAACUACAUGGAGACGCUGACCACAGUGCAACUGGCCUCCCGCAUCCACCGCAUGAGGAAGAAGAAGUCGAAGUAUGGCUCCAGCUCAUCUGGAGGGGAGAGUUCCUGUGAAGAAGGCCCGUCCCACCGACCACCACACCUUCGACCCUUCCACCCUCGGACCGUGGCCCUUGACCCGGACACAUCCCUGCUGCUCUCCAGUGAUCCUGACUACUCCUCCAGCAGCGAACACUCCUGCGACACAGUCAUCUACAUCGGGCCAGGGGGGACGGCCAUCUCGGACCGAGAACUGAGCGACAACGAGGGACCACCCUCCUUUGUUCCUAUCAUCCCUUCCCUGAAUAAAAAGCGUGUCAAAGACACACCUAAGUCUGAUGGCGAUCACCUUAAGUGCAACACGUUUGCCGAGUUACAGGAGAGGCUAGACUGCAUCGACGGCAGUGAGGGCCCAGCCACGUUUGGCACAGAGGGCAAAACAGCACAAGCAGCAGCACUUAGGACUCAGACUGGAGCUACUAAACCCACAGAGGUGACAUCUCCACCCAAACCUGAUACAAACUCCUCCCAAAGGUUCUUAGAAAGCACACCAACCACAUGCACAAAUAAACCAGAUCAGGAACAACCCAAACUCUUUUCAGCUGGCCUCAUGGAUACUUCCAAACAGACAAGUGCAGAUGGGGAGAAACUUUCAGUCAUCCCCUUUCAGCCAUGUGUUGUACGACCCAGUGGGACUUGUUACCAGGAUACAGACCCCGUAGUGCAAGACAAGGUCUACCUCAAAGGAGGUGUUCCUAAGCCGUCUGCCUCACCAUCCUUACCCAGAACAUGUAGGGCAGCAUCUCAGCCUGUAGAGGUUGUUGGUAGGACUCCCCCUGUAGGUAUGAGUCAACAAGCACCAAGGCAAGUCCAACCACCUAGCAUGGACAGGGCCGCUCAUACAAACAGAUGUCCAAUGGAGGUCAACAAUUUCCGGGCAGCUCUGUUAGGAAGAUGCCUUGACAGGGAUUUUCUGAGGAAUACAGUUACUCUGCAGCAGCCUGUGGAGCUGAACGGGGAGGAUGAGCUUGUGUUCACAGUUGUAGAGGAGCUUCCUCAUGGUCUUGUCCCAGACAACGGCCGCCCCCCCAACCUCCUCAGCUUCAACAGUGACUGCUCUCCACAGGCCUUAGCCUCUGGCUCUCGCCCUGUAAGCAUCAUCAGCAGUAUUAAUGAUGAGUACGACGCUUACACAUCUCAACAAGAAGCUGGACCUUGGCCUGAUGUUGGCACUGACUGUCAGGGAAUGUUGUUUUCCCAGCGUGGAAACAAGCAGUCAUCCGUUGGUUCAUGGCCAAGUGAAGUGAGUUCUGAUUCAGCAGAAAGUGAGGGCACUCACCCAACGAGCAGGCUUCACCUGAGGGACAAAAAUAUGGCAACAGAGAAUGCAUCCACACUGACCUCACCGAGUAUGUUUCAUAAACAGCAAUUUUUUCAGCAUGGCAUCAAGAGCUCCCUGAAUGACAGUGGAGUCUGUUUCUCAGAGCUGGAGAGUGACCCUGCUACUCCAAACAAACCCUCUUUUACCAAGUGCCCUCCCUCCCCUGACUCAACCAAAGUCUCUCUCAAAGGCUCUCUCAAGGUGAGAGCCAACACUCUGAACAAUUCACUGUCCACCCAGAUUCCCCAUCACACCUCCCAUCCCAGUCUUCCCAGGAAAACAAAGCCUACCUCAUCUGCAGGUGUGGGCUGCAGCAGACAGGAAGGCAGAAAUGAUGAUGUUUUGCUUCAGGGAAGCGGUCACUUUGAUCCCAGAGAGGUUGAGUUUCUCUCUUCAUGUAAGCCAUCAAGAAGUGGCAUGAGCAGUGCUUCCUCCAAGAGGCCCGGAGGGAACAGUAACAGUGUACCUCGGCCACCAAAGGGACAAGUGUCGUCUUCAGCUCAGAGGGUUGUGGAUGGUUGUGAAAAGUCCAGCAGCAGGAGAGGAGAUACUCUCAUCAAGCUGCCACGACUCACCCGAGGUGCAACAACUCUAGGAACUGUUUCUAUCCCCCAGAGUUCAGAACCCAGAUGGGGUCAUGAGACCACUUCAAUGACAGGUACUCUGAGGUUUGCUUCUUUGGGAAAAAAGUCAAAUGGGCAGAAAGGUAACAUGAUCUCCAAGUCUGGAUCUGGAAACAUCUCUCCUCCUGCUCCACUAGUCAAACAGUCAAGCCAAGAACAAAAGACAAGGACUGCACUAUCUCCAAGUGCCUUAAAAACAAACAGUGACACUGGAAAGUCCUCAUUCCCUAAAACACCAACCUCAGAGGAGGAAUUCAACGUCAGGGUCCAAGCAGAUUCGUUCAGCCACAGGACAUCUAGUUUAAAAACUGAACAUGGCUCUGCCAGAACAUCUUCAAGCUUGAAGACACAAGGUGCCAAAGUAGAUUCUUCAAGGCACUACGGGAGCCUGAUGUCUCUGGAGAGAUCUGACAGUCAAGCCUUCGCUGGGUCCAAGCCUGAACUGUUCAGGGAGAUCAGUGGUGCUACUUUAGGGAGUAACAGCAGAUCCAACAGAUCAGUGCCAAGACUUGGGGUUCCAGCCUCUACCUCCACUUCUGCUUCUUCCUCUCAAAUUUCUCCAGGUGUCUUCGCAACUACAAGCAAACUGGGGCAGGUCCGAGGCAGCAGCAACAUGCGAGCAGCAGUUUCUGGUGGGUCAAAGGUUCGAAUGUUGUCUACCAGCAUUUCCAAGAGCAUGAGCUCUUCCCCAAAACCUCCUGAUAACACAGCUGGACGCAAUGCCAGCUUGCCUCUAACUGGUAAAUCCCCUGUUCGGUCUGGGACGGGUGCCAAGACGGGAAGAGGCACCAUCAUGGGCACAAAACAGGCUAUCAGCAGGGCAGCUAACAGCAGGGUUAGUGAGCUAGCUGCCGGGAGCCCAAGGAAACAGUUCAGCAGAGGGGCUGGACUGACAGGAAGUGAUGGUACUGACAGCGGGACGAGUAGUGUCAGUGGUUCACCAGUCAACACACCAAUACCAUCACCUUACAGCAAGAUCACUGCACCUCGGAGGCCACAGCGCUACAGCAGUGGACACGGUAGCGACAACAGCAGCAUCCUCAGCGGGGAACUGCCCCCCGCUAUGGGCCGCACCGCCCUGUUUUACCACAGCGGGGGCAGCAGUGGCUAUGAGAGUAUGAUCCGAGACAGCGAGACCACUGGCAGCACUUCUUCAGCACAUGACUCCAUGAGUGAGAGUGGAGCGUCCUCAUCCAACAGGAGCAGAGUUUCUAAAUCGCCCAAGAAGAGAGGAAAUGGUUUCCUGAGGCGGCGUCUGAUCCCAGCUCCCCUGCCUGACACCUCCUCUCUGGGCAGGAAGGUGGGGGGUCAGUGGGUGGACCUGCCCCCACUGGGCGGCACCCUGAAGGAGCCCUUUGAGAUAAAGGUGUAUGAGAUCGACGACGUGGAGCGCUUGCAGAGGAGGAGGGAGGUGGUGACAGGGACAGAGCCGUUCCAUGAUGUAGAAAAGGGUCUGCUCUACUUUAACGCCCGUCUGAGGAUGCUGGAGAAGCGGCAGCAGCAGAUCAGAGAGCUGAAGAGCAAACACGAGAGGCUGAAGGUGGAGCUGGAGGAGGCCAAGAACCGGCUGAUGCUCCACCCCAACAAAUGGAGCGGAGAGUUUGAUGUGGACCAGGACCUGGACCGGGAGUCCCAGGAGUACCUGGAGGCUCUGGCUCAAGCCACGGCAGAGCUGGAGUACUGCGUCAACCUCUGCAAGUCCCGCGUCAUGAUGGAGACCUGCUUCGACAUCGCUGUGACGACAGCUGCUGCUGCAAAGGGAGGUCAGCAGGAGGUGGAGGUGUAAGAGGAGAGUCCAGCGUAGAUGCAUGAAGAACUGGAUACUGCCCCUGUGGCCACUCAUGGUACUGCAACUAAACAAUCUCCUGCAGCCCAAAAAGCAUUUUCUCCACAGAACUCCAUCAUUAAACAGACAUCAGUUAUUACUCAGUGUAAAUAUAACUAACAUCACUGUGCUCCUCAGUAAUUUAACCCUUCAUUCUGGACAUUUUAACACUGGUGUAACAGGCAUGACCAUUCAGCAGGACAAAGACAAAAGCCUCAUCAGGGGGGCGCUGUGUGUGUGUUUUCUCUGAAAUGAAUGGGCGCCAUGUUAAAGUGUGGUAUCCAGUUCUUCCAAUACGUCCAUGGUGAAGAAAGAAAGGAUGAGACAAGAGAGAGUUUCUGAAACCUGAUGAAUGGGAUGAUUUACUCAUCUUUCAAGAUGCCAGAGAAAACACUGACUUCGACCAUAACAGAGGACAAAACAGCUUCAUUCAUUCAUUCAUUCAUCCAAAGUGAAACCUCUGAAGAGUCCACCUGGACAGAAAGAAAACUCUGAGCUGCAGAGUCAGAGGAGAAUAACGAACAAAUGUAAAACUAAGAUUAAGAGAACCUGAUGGAAAACCAGACUUUUGGAUGUUUGUUCUCUCCGUAGAUGAUGUAUUAGAGCAGACAAACUACUGGUCCUGGAUCAGAUUAAUGAAGAUAAACAGAUCUCAAAAUAGAUGAAAGCUCUGGAAGUGCCUUUCUAUUUAUUAUCUAAUUUAAUUUAUAAAUAUUAUUUCCCUUAUUUAUGAUGUUUUUAUAUUUAUCAUAUCUGUUUUUUUAUGGGUGCUGAUUUAAAAAACAACUUUUUAUUCGUUAUGCAACGAGAUGAUAUGAUAUUGGACUAGACGGUGAGUUUAUAUUGACAAGAAACGGAAAAACAACAGGAGAGAAGAGCUUUGGUUAUUAUCACAAACCUCAGGCUUUGCCUUCAUCUCACUGGAUUAUUUGAGAGUUGCCUUUGAGAGUUUCUCUAAUUUCUUUCAGAUUUUGAUGUCUACAUGUUUCUGCUGGUUGUCCGGUUUUAUUAUCAUAUGCAGGAAAGUCAUCUACAGGAAGGCUAUAAAUCACACUUCUUCUCCAAGUCAUAAUUCAAUCACAUCUGAACUGACAAUAUGAAACACAUAUUAUUUAGAUUCAGUGUGACUCACACUUCCAGAGAUGUCAUUGUCUAAUUGUUCAUAAAUCCACUCAGAAAUAAGAGAAAAAAGAUGUCCCUCAUAGCUGCAGAACAUUCAAAAUCCUCCUGUUUUAACUUUUCUUCAGUAUCACAGUAAUCCAGUGAUAGUUGUCUGACAACAAGAGAUGGUCACAGCAGAUUCAGCUGCUGUUAAUGGAGACUGUGACAAAAUGUAAAGAAGACAGGGGCUGUUGUGGGGAAGCAGUUGUUUCAGUUUUGUCUGAGGGGUUCCCACAUGUCAAACCUCAGCAUUAGAGGAUCCAGUUUUCCCUGAAAUGCCUGAAUGGUACAGUAACUAAAACCAGAUGUUGAUUGUUGUGUGAUUUACUGGAGUAGAUAUGAAAAGAAAGAGAUUCGCCUCAGUCAGUGCAAACUGAAUAUUUCCAAAUAUGAAAAACUCCCCUACAAUUAAUGAGUUCCUUAUUCAAUCAUUGUUUUUACCUUUGAGACAUUUCCCUUGAUGAUUACUUUGCAGUUGUAAAACGAAGCUGCAGUUGUCAUGAAAACACAUGAACACAAAAGUCAUAAAUGUAAAAACAAUGUAGAAGAACAAGCUGGAGUCAAACUGGCAUGAUUCAUUUAUGGUUGAAAUUGCUUGCUGUGUUUCUUCAUUUUUUUUACUCCUUCACCUUCAGAAAGCUGUUCUCCUCAUCCUGACCUCGUCCUUCAAAUUAAAACACUCAGGCUCUUCUUAAAGUUGCUGCAUGAAAAGUUUGGUUCUUCUGUCUUAAAAUUAGUGACAUUCUGCAAUUAGUCUUUGUUGUUUCUGUUUCUGAGGUUGUGUUUGUCAUAGAAGAAGAGGAAAAGGAGUUUUGCCAAACACAUUUUUUAAAGUGAUGUUGUUCUGCUGAUGUGAGACCUUUAGUAAAAUAUUCAGACUUUUUUAAUUUGUUUUUGUACUGUACAGUUUUCUAAUAAUUUGUAAAGAGAAGAGUGUGGAGAAGGUUGGGAAUGUACAGGAUGAGUGGAUCACCUCGUGUCAUUCAUGUUAAUAAAGAUAAGAGACUUUUUGGUUAAAUUACACACUGAGAAUAUUUUAUUUAAAAUAUCCUUUCAUCCAUCUCUUCAGCUCGUCCAGGGU